CAGUCCCCUCCAUAAAGCAGCUGCUGGGGGCCAUACCGGGACUUGUGAGCUUCUGAUUCGUUCUGGGGCUGACGUUACGACCAAAGAUAAGUUCCAGUCCACUCCCCUGCAUAAAGCUGCUGCUGGAGGUCAUGACGGGAUAUGUGAGCUUCUGAUUCGUUCUGGAGCAGACGUUAACACAGCCAUAGAUAGGGACCAGGACACACUCCUGCACCGGGCGGCUGCUAGGGGUGACACCGAGACCUGUGAGCUUCUGAUCAGUUUGGGAGCUGACGUUAUGGUCCAGAAUAAGGACCACGACACACCCUUACACAAGGCUGCCGACGGGGGCCACACUGGGAUUUGUGAGCUUCUCAUUCGUUCUGGGACUGACGUUAUGGUGAAGAAUAAGGACGGGAAGGCUCCCUUAGAUUAUCAAAGGGAUCCGGAGACUCGACGGCACUGGAAGAACCUCGACAAACAGGUGAAGCAAGAGAGGUCCUACCACGAGUUGAUGCAGAAGUCAGGCGGUGUGAAGGUCAACAGGUUUAAAGUGUUUGUGGGAGGGAAGGAGGCAACUGGGAAGUCUACUCUGAAACAAAGUCUCACAAAGGGCCUGCUGUCUGCACUGAUCGAAAGACUCUCCCGACGGCCAGUGAGCCAACCUCACGACCCCACACCAGGGGUGGAUAUUGGAACGUUCCAUGUUCCAGGGGUGGGGGAGGUCAGCGUGUGGGAUUUUGCUGGGCAGGCGGAGUAUGCGGUGACACACAGUAUGUUCAUGGAUGCAGAGAACACCGUCUUCGUUGUGCUGUACAACAUCAUGGACAAUAAAAAGGCCCAAGAACAACAGGUUACCUGGUGGUUGUGUUUCAUCAAGUCCUGCAACCCAAACCGGCAGCCUGACGUCAUCCUGGUGGCCAGUAAUGCGGACCAGGUGGAUGCCGCCAUAGGACAGGACCGAGCGGCCCUUGUUGUUCAGACGAUGCAAACAGAGUUCAGAGACCAUCUGCGUAUCGCAGAUGAAGUGAUCCUGAUGGACUGUAGGAAGACUCGGACACCUGAGAUGGACCGACUGAAGAGUCUUCUGGUCAGGAUAGGAGCAGCAUUGAUUCAUCAUCAACGCGAUAUGCCCAAGCUGUGUGCAAAGGUCAUGAAGCGUCUACCAAAGUGGUGCAAGAGUAAAACCAGCACUAAGUGUCCGGUGAUGAUGUGGUCUGACUACGUGAAGGAAGUCAAGGAACUUGACAGAUUUGUGACCGAGGACUUUCUCAAGAAAUCUUCAACAUUCUUGCACCAUCUGGCAGAGAUUCUGUUCAUCACUCCGGCCACUUCUGACCCCAUCAUUGUCCUGAAGCCCAACUGGCUUGGCACAGACGUUUUCGGUCGAGUCAUGGCACCAGACUACUUUGAAAACCACCUAAACAGAACAAGUGAAGACUACGUCACCAGGGAGGAGCUGCAGCGUGUGUUCCAAGACGUUGCUGACGUGGAUCUCGUGAUCACCCUGCUGCGAGAGUUCCAGCUCUGCCACACCUUUGACAAAGAGACCUACAUCAUCCCAGGGCUGCUGACACAAAACAUGCCUGACGAGGUGUGGCAACCACCAGCAGAAUCGAAGAUGGUCUACUUUGGGAUGCAAAUCCAGUGUGCCGACUCAACUGACAUGCUCUCAUCUGGAUUCUUUCCCCAAGUGCAGACCCGCCUGAUGAGGGAGCUGGAGAAUCGCCCGUCGCUGUGGAGAGAUGGCGCCAAGUGUGUGGACAGGGAUGUGGAAGGUCUGAUCAAACUCUCUCCGGACGGCCGUGCAGUCAACAUUUGUGUCCGGAGUUUGCAGGGGGACAAGCUGAAGUGUGGAGAGAUGCUGCAGCAGCUGGAGAACAUCAAUGCUGAUGUGCUCUACGAAUGCAGCCCAGGAACAGGCACAGUAGAGAAGGUGCUCAGUUCUCGUGCACUGAAGGAACACAGGGACCAAUUCUACUCCUAUGGCAAGGAGGAGAUCAAGCAGGCAUGGGAAGAGGGAGGUACAAUCGUCCAUCGCACUCUCGCGAUAGAAGAGUACAUCUGCGACCUGCUGUGUAGGGAGGAUGAGGACCCACUCGCCAUUAACCGCCCAGAGCUGGUCCAGGUCUUGAGGCACGUGGAGCCAAUUCUGGAUCAACUGCAGGCACAUGGCACUCUGACUGCUGAGGAGUGUGACGUAAUCAGGGCAAAAGAAACACCCCAAGACAAGGCAAGGAAACUGUUGGACACAGUCGGAAGGAAAGGUGCACCUGCAAGUCGUGACUUCAAGGCUGUUUUGAAACAGAUCAUCCCGCAUGCAGCUGAGAUGGUCCAAGGACACGCCAGUGACCUGCUGUGUAGCGAGGAUGAGGACCCGCUCAUCAGGAACCGCACAAAGCUGAUCCGGGACCUGACGUCACGUUACGUCCAAGAGAGAAUCCUGAACCAUCUCCUGCAACAUCACCACUUCAGUGAGGAGGAAUGCGGCAUCAUCAGGGCCAACAAAACAGGUCAUAGCACGGCAAGGGAACUCUUGGACAUUGUCGGAAGGAAGGGACAGGCUGCGCGUCAGGCAUUCAAGGAAGUCUUGGAAGAAGUCAGCCCUGAUACUGCCAAAAUGGUGGAGUAAACGUUUCUUAUUGGAAUUUAAGGUGUAGGAAUGCCAAGCUCAUCUUGUAGUAGAUAGAAGUCUUUUGGUUCUGCCUAAACAUAGCCUUAAGAAUGCGCCUUAAUUGACAGUUCAUUAGUGCAUUUGUUGGUAGAUUUCAUUCAAAAGCAGAAUGCUGCCCAGCCACUUGUGCCAAUCCAGCCCUUUUCAAAGUAAACAUGAUCCGCUUCUUCCAGCAAGCGACAUCAUGGCGGCGGGAAUCAUACAAUAAGUUUGUCCCAGAACGUUUGGUGCAAAGUUACUGAACUUACGCUUGUAAAUAGCAAUAAUCUGAUACAUACGUCUAGCAAACGGUGUGAAUGUAACAUAGCCAUUGAGGAAAUGAUGAACACUCCAUGUUUAUUAUACUUUUACAUAAGAAUCUAACAUAAAAUCUUCCUAGACAUUGUAUAAAAUAUCUUGCUAUAAUUUUGUAGAUAAUUUGUGUACUUUUGUUACAUUGUGUAAUUUUGUUAGUCAUUUUGAUCUGCAUAGCAAAUUCAGUUGUAUGUGGAGUAGAAAAGGCAUUCUGAUUUUGUAUAUACUGUGUAAGAGGAAAAUCAUUGAAUUAUGUGCUGGAUGAAUUUGGAUGAACACAGCAUUUUGUACGCAAAGGUUCAUGAAAUCCUUCUUAUUGAUGCCUUUGUCGCUUAUCAAAUGAUGUUUGGCCUUGUGCUGUACAUACCUAACCAUUGGAGACUAAGGGAUGUCAGUCACAAGACUGCAGGACUUUUCUCCUCAUCAUAACGACAUAAUGUCACAAUUGUGCCAUGUAAAUCUAUGUAGCACAUAUAAUACAGUACCACUCUAUGUAUUCAAAUGGCACAUUUACAAAUUGCGCAUGUGGUGAUGGUAUCAGCGGAAAUAAAAA